AUGGCGGCGGCGGAGCCCAAGCCCCCGGCGGGCGCGGCCGCGGUCCGGCGCCUGGCCCGGAGCUGCUGGUCCGCCUUCUGGGACUACGAGACGCCCAAGGUGAUCGUGGUACGGAACCGGCAGCUGGGCGUCGUGUACCGCGUGGUGCAGCUGCUCAUCCUGCUCUACUUCGUGUGGUACGUGUUCAUCGUGCAGAAGAGCUACCAGGACCGGGAGACGGGUCCCGAGAGCUCCGUCAUCACCAAGGUCAAGGGCAUCACCUCCUCGGAGCACAAAGUGUGGGACGUGGAGGAGUACGUGAAGCCCCCGGAGGGAGGCAGCGUGUUCAGCAUCAUCACCAGGAUCGAGGCCACCUCCUCCCAGGCACAGGGCACCUGUCCGGAGAGCUCGAGGGUCACCAAUGCCACCUGCCACUCGGACGAAGACUGUAUGGCCGGGGAGCUGGACAUGCUGGGGAACGGUGUCCGGACGGGGCGCUGUGUACCCUAUUACCACGGGGACUCCAAGACCUGCGAGGUGUUUGGCUGGUGCCCAGUGGAAGAUGGGGCCUCCGUCAGCCAGUUUCUUGGCAAGAUGGCCCCCAAUUUCACCAUCCUCAUCAAGAACAGCAUCCACUACCCCAAGUUCCAGUUCUCCAAGGGCAACAUCGAGAUGCGGAAGGAUGGCUACCUGAAGCACUGCCUGUUCGACGAGGCGUCCCACCUGUACUGCCCCAUCUUCCGGCUGGGCUUCAUCGUGGAGCAGGCCGGGGAGAACUUCACCGAGCUGGCCCGCAUGGGGGGUGUCAUUGGGGUCAUCAUCAACUGGGACUGUGACCUGGACCUGCCGGCAUCCAACUGCAACCCCAAGUACUCCUUCCGGAGACUCGAUCCCAAGCACACCCCGGCCUCCUCUGGCUACAACUUCAGGUUUGCCAAGUAUUACAUGAUAAACGGCAGCACCACCCGCACCCUCAUCAAGGCCUAUGGGAUCCGCAUUGACGUCAUCGUGCACGGGCAGGCGGGCAAGUUCAGCCUGAUCCCCACCAUCAUUAACCUGGCCACGGCGCUGACCUCCAUUGGGGUGGGCUCCUUCUUGUGCGACUGGAUCUUGCUAACGUUCAUGAACAAAAACAAAGUCUACAGCCACAAGAAAUUCGACAAGGUGUGUACGCCACAGCAUUCCCCGGGUAGCUGGCCUGUGACCCUGGCCCUUGUUCUGGGCCAGGCCCCUCCGCCCCCCUGUACCUGCUCCACAGACCCGGGCAGACCACAGGAUGAGGGGCAGAGCCAGGCCCAGGCUGUCCCACCAUCACGGCUUGGCCCCACCUCUGCCCCAUCUGAGCAGAUGGUGGACACUCCUGAUCGGGGUGCAGGACCAGGGCCCGGGGCCUCAGCGCCUCCCCAGCAGGACUCCACGCUCACAGACCCCCGAGGUUUAGCCCAGCUCUAA